UUUUCACGUCUUCAGGAAGCUUCCCAUUUCUCUCUCUCUCUCUUUCUCCACCGCCAUGGACUUGGACACGUGAUUCGGUGAAUUUUCUAUUCGCGUAAAAGGCCCCGUUCUCGUGUUCAUUCUCUCUUUCUCUUUCGCUUUCGAGAUCGCUUUCGCUUUCUUCCACCGGCAUCCCCUGCCAUUUUUAUCAUCUCGCAGACGGAGAUCCAACCGAAAGCGCACAAAAGUCAAUCAAAUCCCAAGUCAAAUAAACCCUCGCAUUUCUCUCCGCUUUCCCUGAUGCCUCACAUCACGUGAAGUGCUGUACCGGUUGCGGUCGUUUCCUUCGAUUCUUCGGGUAUCGUUUUCUGUCCCGUUUUGAUUGCAAUGCUGUUCGGUGGUGUUCUGAUUUUGGGCCACGCUUGAAUUUCCUGUCUCCCGAGUUUGAGGCUAGGGUUUGUACGCAAUCUGUUAUUCCUUUAUCUGAAUGCUCGUUAGGAACGGGGGGAAAUUACCUGUUUUUUUCUGUGUUAAUCUUUGCGAGGUCCCCGAAUAUGGCAGGUUAUUUCUAGGGUUUUGCUUUGAUUGCAGAGGUGCCUUCAGUUCUGGGUUUUGGGUAAAUUGCAUUUUUUAAUCCGAGGGCUUUCUUGUGCUUGUUUUAGCUGAAUCUGGAUAUCUAUUUAUAGAUUCAAAGGAAGUUUCACUUGUCUUCCCGGUGUUAUAUAAUCUUUGUGAAACCCCUGAAUUUAUGUAGUUUGUCCUUUGGAUUUGCUCCACUUUCGUCGCGUUUGGAUUGGUUAAAUUUUGUCGAUAUAGUCUUUCUAAGGGUUUGGAGAUUUUGAUAGAUGGAGAGAGACAAGUCCUCCCCGAACCAUGGUGGGGGUUUGCUCCCUCCAUCCGGACGCUAUUCGGUUUUCAGUAUGAAAUCGGAAGCUUCAGCAUCGACAUUGCCUCCACUGGGUCCUGGGGGUAGUUCAGAGUCAAGUCAUUUUGGCCAUGGCAUGUCUUCUGAUUCUAGCCACUUUAGCCAUGAUAUUAGCCGAAUGCCUGAUAACCCACCAAAGAAUUUGGGACACCGACGAGCCCACUCUGAGAUUCUUACUCUUCCGGAUGACAUCAGCUUUGACAGUGAUCUGGGUGUCGUGGGUGGUUUGGAUGGGCCUUCUUUGUCUGAUGAGACCGAAGAAGAUUUUCUUUCAAUGUAUCUUGACAUGGAUAAAUUUAAUUCAUCCUCUGCAACAUCGGGUUUCCAAGUUGGAGGGCCAUCUUCUGCGGCAGCAGCUUCAGCAUCUGCCUUGACUCCUGCUUCAACGCCUCCAGUUGAUCCCAUGGGCAGUGGGUCUAAUGAGAGGCCCAGAGUCAGGCAUCAGCACAGCCAGUCUAUGGAUGGGUCAACUACAAUUAAGCCUGAGAUGCUCAUGUCCGGUACAGAGGAGUCUUCUGCAGCUGAUUCUAAGAAAGCUAUUUCUGCUGCUAAGCUUGCUGAGCUUGCUCUUAUUGAUCCAAAGCGUGCAAAGAGGAUUUGGGCGAAUAGGCAGUCAGCUGCUAGAUCAAAGGAAAGGAAGAUGAGAUACAUAGCUGAGCUGGAGAGGAAGGUUCAAACACUGCAAACUGAAGCAACUUCAUUGUCUGCUCAAUUAACCCUGUUGCAGAGAGAUACAAAUGGUCUGACUGCAGAAAAUAGUGAAUUGAAACUGCGGUUACAGACGAUGGAGCAACAAGUUCACUUGCAAGAUGCAUUAAAUGAGGCCCUGAAAGAAGAAAUUCAGCAUUUGAAAAUGCUGACUGGCCAAGCUAUUCCAAAUGGACCGAUGAUGAACUUUCCUUCGUCCUUUGGAGCUAACCAGCAAUUUUAUCCCAACAACCAUGCCAUGCAUACCCUCUUAACUGCACAGCAGUUUCAACAACUCCAAAUUCACUCGCAGAAGCAACAGCACCCAUUCCAGCAGCAUCAGCUACACCCGUUUCAGCAGCAACAGGUGCAGCAUCAGCAGCAGCCACAGCAGGAGCAGCAACAGCAGCAAACUGGGGAUUUGAAAAUGCGAGGUUCCAUGCCAUCUCCAAGCCAAAAAGAGAAUUCCUCAGACGCCAACGCUUCUUCGUCAAAGGAAUGAUAGGGGGAUAGAGACAAGCAGUUUGUCUAAAGCUUUCAAAGGGAUUGUCCAAAUCUUUGGUUCUAGUAUGCUGUGAGAUAGGUCAACUUUUCUUUGUUUGUUGUUAGUGAGUAGAUGCAUCUGUACAACUAUUUUGCAGGCAGUUCAUAUUGGUGGAUUUCGGUUCAGGAUUGAGCACUGGGGUGGUUGUUCAGUUUCUUUGCCCUUGUAUUGGACUUUAAUUCGUGGUUGAAAUGUGGGGUGAAUUCUUUCAUAUACUUCAGUUGUCAAUCAGAUGUUUUACUUGUUUUGCAGAAUCCUCUGUUCUAAUGGGGGGUUUGAUAUCAAUAAUUGAUGCUCUCCCCCCCCCUCAAUACCAAAAUCUUUUGCAGAA